CUCAAGGAAUUCGUUUGGAGAAAUGUGUGCAUGCAAUUGUUCAUGUUCUGCAGUUUACGUUGUUAGUUAUUAUGUUAAUGCGUUCUCGAUACGUGGGUUAGAAUUUGCUGACCAACUGAAAAACAAACAAUAAAAUAAUCGGAAACGUUAAGCUUUUGCAUUCCGUCCGCAGGUAUUUGCAGGAUGCUGCGGCAGUCAGUAACUAGGCACCUGGCGACAGCGUGUCGGCAUACCUGCCAAGGGGGCCGACCGAUCCUGAAGCCGCGGGUCUUGAGCAUCGCCCACGCUCCUUUCUCCAGUGAACGCAACACUCUGCUAAAACCCGUGUCACCGGCGACCCACAGCCACUUUCCCCGUACGUCGCGUCUCGGGAGCCUCGCGCUGCCGCCGCGGAGGGCGCUAAGCUCAGACAGACCUGGGUGGUAUGAAAGCAUGGCGGACUCCGCGCCGGUACAUCUGACCGAGGAGUUCCUAGUGACCAUGCAGCAGAGCACGGGGCUGCCGUGGUGGGCCAGCAUCGUCUGCACCACCUUGGCGCUGCGGACCGUCAUCACUCUCCCACUGGGGGCCUACCAGAUGGUCAUAAUUGGAAAGGUCGAGGCUCUGCAGAUGGAGAUUGCACAGUUGGCCAAACGCCUGCGCUAUGAGGUCUCUGUGCGGGCCAAGGAGCAGGGCUGGUCAGAAAAAGUCUGCCGGCACCAGUUCAAAAAGAACCUGAGGCGGAUCAUUUCGGAGCUGUAUGUGCGGGAUAACUGCCACCCCUUCAAGGCCAGCCUGCUGGUGUGGGUGCAGCUGCCCAUGUGGGUGUGUCUCUCCCUGGCUCUGCGAAAUCUCAGCCUAGGCCUGGCAGACUCCGCACGGGCUCUACAGGUGGAGCUGGCAGUUGGUGGCGCUCUAUGGUUCCCUGACCUCACUUUGCCAGACAGCACCUGGAUUCUGCCUGUGUGCCUGGGGCUGGCGAACCUGCUCAUCGUGGAGAUAUUUGCUCUGCGGCGACUAGAAGCCUCGAAGUUUCAGAAGUACGUGACAAACUUCAUUCGUGGAAUUUCCCUGGUGAUGAUACCUUUAGCUGCAACUGUUCCUUCAUCCAUGGCACUGUACUGGCUGAGCUCCAGCUGUGUGGGGCUGGGCCACAACCUGCUGCUACGCUCCCCGCGAUUCCGCCGGCUCUGCCGAAUCCCGGCAACCCGGGCCGACUCUGACACGCCCUACCGCGACAUCGCCACCGCCUUCACCGCCAAGUACCUGAAGUAGAGCCAGGGGGACGGGCUUGGGAUGCUACGCCAAGCGGGGUUGCGGGUUUGAACCCAACACUUUUGCUGUGUCCUUGAGUAGAGGGCCUAAGAUGCAGUUCCACCUCCCAGCCAGCAGGGGUCCCCAGCACUCCUACAAACCCACAGAGAAACAGUCAUCAGACAUCAGUUAUUGCACUACUUGAUUCUUCAUGAGAUGUGAAUGGUGUACAGCCACCACCUGUUAGCCACUUUUGGUCAAUGGUCACACUGUCCAAAAACUUGCCAGCCCAGGGGCCAGGCAGCACCCUCCUGACACAUUGAAGACUCGGCCAAUGGGACAUCAAGGGAGCUGGGACAUAAUUGCAGGUCUAAUGUGGACCUCUCUGCCCACCUGCCUUUUCUCUUCUCGGAGUAGACCAGCGUUAUUUAUUUAUGAAGCCCCCACAGUUUGUGUUUUAUCGCUGUUGUAUAAAAGUGGCUGCUAACUUAUGCUGGUAUUUCCCUUCAUCAUUUUAAUUGUUUGCUAUUGUCCACUCAGGCAACUAUUUAAAAAGAUAGGAAAAAAUGCCUUCCUGCAAGAAUGUUAGCUUAUCCUUAUUUUAUAAGAAUCCUUUCAUUUGCAUCUCAAUUUAAGAAGAUAAGGUAUAAGCCUAAUGUUUGUGUGUGUGUGUGUGUGUGUAUACAAACUGCAAAAAAUAACCCUGUCCAUAUUAACGACAUUAAAAAAGCAACUAUU